AUCACACCAAGAGCGGCAAAAACACCGCCACAAGCACUCUUCCCCUCUUAUAUAAGCUCCGUUUUCGUGACAUAAUCUUAAUUUGCUUGUUCACUAUCUCACGCCCUAAACUAAUCUCUUCUAAAACCCUAACUAUUUCUCUCUCCUAGGGUUUUUCGUAAUCUUUCGAGAAUAUUAGCAAGAAUAACAAUGGAUAUGGAUUCUUCGAAGAAACGCAAAGCCGACGAAAAUGGCAAUUCCUUCACCUCUGACCAAGCCCUAAUUUCUCCUUCCGAUUCUCAACCACAAACUCUGACUCUAGAAGACGCUCGAAACCUACUCAAAGACUUCUCUCACGACGAACUUCUCAAUCUUUGUCAAAAUGCCGUCGUUCGACACCCCGAUAUCCUCUCCUCCGCUCGUGUAAUCGCCGACACUGAUGUGUCCCGCAGAAAGCUUUUUGUUCGGGGUCUUGGUCCUCAGACGACCACCGAAUCGCUGAAAUCGUUGUUUUUAUCGUUUGGUGAGCUUGAUGAGGCUGUUGUGAUUACCGAUAAGAAUACCGGGAAAUCCAAAGGAUAUGGAUUCGUUACGUUCAAGCAUUUUGAUGGGGCAGUAUUGGCGCUUAAGCAACCGAGUAAGAAAAUUGAUGGCAGGAUGACUGUGACACAUUUGGCAUCAGCGGGACGAGGGCCGAAUGGUGAAGAUCAAGCUACGAGGAAAAUUUAUGUUGGGAAUGUUCCGUAUGAGAUUUCAGCUGAGAAAUUGUUGGAUUUCUUUUCUGCGUUUGGGGAGAUUGAAGAAGGCCCGUUAGGGUUUGAUAAACAAGCUGGGAAAACAAAGGGAUUUGCGUUUUUUGUGUAUAAGACCGAGGAUGGUGCGAGGAUGUCGUUAAGGGAACCGAUGAAGAUGAUUGACGGACACCAGGUUAUGUGUAAGCUGGCUGAGGAUGGAAAGAAGGGGAGAGUUGGUGGGCCGAACUCGGUUUUGAGUGGUGAGAUUGGUGGUUUAGGGGGUGAUAGGAUGUCGAGUUCCAUGAAUUCACAGUAUGGUGGUGGGAUGAAUCAGUAUGGUUCGGGUUUGGGACCUGGUUUGGGGGGCCCAGUUCCUGUUGGUGGUGUUGGGCCGUAUAGUGCACCGCAUUCACAGCCUGGGCCAGGUUCCGGUGAUUAUUAUAGGAUGCCACCGCCACAUAGUUCGAUGGGAAUGCCACCGUCGUAUCAAGAAGGCAGUGGUGGAUAUGGUCUUUCAGGUUCUGGAGGUGUUUACGGCCUUUCCGGUUCUGGUGGUGGUUACAUGAGUCAGAAUCAUCCCCCUUCUCAGGGUCCUUCUCAGGGUCCUCCUCAGGGUCCUCCUAGUGGGGUGUAUCAUCGUAUGCCACCGCCUUAUUAUUGAGGUUUGUGAGAGCUUCUGGGCGCAAAUUGCUUAAGUGGUUUUGGUGAUUUCGUGAUUGCAGAGAAAUGAAAUUGUGUCGUUUGCUUGAAUGGACUGCUGCACAUGUCUUGCCUUGCUGCUACAUGACUUGAUUUAGUUUCUAGUUUUUAAGUGGCUGCAUUUGGUGGUUUUAUUCUAGAAGAUGGAAAGUUUUUUUUUUUUUCACUUUAGGAGUCUUAUUAGACAAAUCUAUCAAGGAUUUAUGUUAUGCUUUGUUUAUAGAUCUUAGUUUGCUGGAGAUAUGUGCUUUGUAUUUUCUCUUGGUUAUCAGGAGCAGAGUUUAUAUGCUACAGUAUACAAUAUGUAAUUUUCGCUUCCUUUUUCUUUUAGGUUUUCGUUUUGUUGUUCAUGGGUAAUUGGAGCUUGCUAUAAGAACAAUCUUAUUUUUUGGUUUUGUUUUUCUGGGUGCUGCUUUUAUGUUUUUUGUGCUUUAUUAUGUGACAUGUCUUUUUCGUUGAUUUUGAUUGUUUCGAAACUGAGCCAAUGGGCUGUUUGAUGUACGUGCAAUUAUGUUUCCAUUUUCUUCCGUUUGUCUACUUUUUUAUGCUAUGUCCUCUUGCUGGUAGUUAUUUUAUCCCCUGAAAAUGAGGGGGAGGGCCUUUAUUCCACCACUGGCAAAUUAUCAUAUACCCUUAGCUGCUUUAAAGCUUCAGCACAAAUAUGUUUAAGUGAUGCCUAACUUAAAUAAUAUGCUAGCCCAGUAGUUGACUAGUAAUGCUUUUUAAUGUACCAUAAGAAUGUCAAUGGGUUUUUUUGUUGCUGGAAAAUGUGUACUAUGCAGAUUCUGUAAAUGCAUUGAAUAAAGAUAUCUUAGCAUUGACAAUAUUUACUUAUUAAAUAGCACCUUGAGGAUCCAACAAGUCUGUAAAAGGGUAGUACAAAGUUGGAUUUUGAUGAUGUACAGGAUGCUUAUUAUUUCAUUGACCAGAUUCUAGUAAAUGAUAUCAAUAAUGGAUGAGAAUAUGGUGUAUUUCUUUCUCAAGAAAGGAUUUUUUUACAUUGUGAGUGGAUAUAUUUGUCUUAUGCAAUAGAUUGUUAGAGCGCGGAAACAUGCAAGAGAAUUUAUUAGACCUACAAAGUAAUGUCAUAUGGUCGAAUAAUGGUGAUUUGUGUUUUACACACACAUGGUUGCCAAUUUGCCAUCACUUGAGCAGUAGAAGCCGACUAUUUGAAAUCGACAUUAUUAUAUUGAGAGUUUUGCAAGAUAGAAAAUUGAAUAGAAGUUGCUUAAUCUUUUGAAAUUCUGACUGGUGAGCCAAAUGACCAGCAACUAGAAUAUCAGAGUAUUGAGAGUGUCACAAAGAUGGAUGUUAUUAGUGUAGAAGUCUUUCUAAUAACUAUAUAAUCUUCAAAUGCACUUCUUAUAUCAGAAUACCCAUAUUUCAACAUAAUGGACUAUGGAAUGAACAAUUUCGCUGGGAGACUGAAAGAAAAAACAAUUACUUGUUCAAUUCUGUUUCAGAACAAAUUACAAGCAGUCACAGAUUAAUACCUGAUUCUUUCAUGAGUUUGUCAAAGCAUUAUUUGUUCUAUUUUGAAUAUUACAUUAUCCAGAUUUGCAGAUGGAAACAUCUCUGUUUUCCAGCCAAGAUCCCGCAUGCUGUUUAAAUCAGGAAUGCCUGCCAUAGAUAUGCUUUCCAGCAUUUUGAGUAUACCAUUUGCAUAAUCAUUAGCAUCUUUUUCAUUUCUUCUAAGAUUUCAGUGCCUCAAAGCUUAGUUCUAAAAAAAUGCACCUCACUUUGCGCCUUGAGCAUAGGCACGGCUGAAAACGCCCCGGCUAGGUGAGGCAAAGCCCACUAUAAGAGGGUGCGCCUUGGGCUCCUCGAUGCGCUUCACGCCUUGUGAGCCUGGUGAGCCUCCUUGUUGAGCUAGAUAAUUAUCUUAUGCUUGUUUGUUUGAAAAGAAAUAAAACUCAAAACCCAAUAUUACUUGAAUAUGAAGUUCAAAAAAUUGUUGCUUUAAGAAAAAUAGAAGACAUGCGAAAAAGAAAAUAAUUUUUGAAAUUCUUUAAAUUCUCAUUAUAAUAGUUUUGUGCCAAAGUGAUGUUUACCACAAGGAUAAUGAAUGUUUUCUUUGUUGAUACUAAAAUAUGAAUAUCAUGUUUGAAGUAUUCUAUGUUUUAAAAUUGAUUUUAAGCUUUAGAGAAAAGUGCAUCUCGCCAACGCUCUAAAGACCUUUUGCGCCUCGGUGUGCCUCGUGCUUUUAAAACUAAGCCUCAAAGUCCUUGAGUAGCUGCCUCACCAAAUCAUUCAGAAACUCAAUCUACGUGUUGCUCAUUGGUAUAUUGAUCCUGUGAUAGAUGAUUGCUUUUUUCCUUCUGUUUUCAGCAAUUUAAAGCCGCAAUACUAUAUGAUCUUGCAUUCUCUCUCGUCACAAAUUUGAUCGUGUGCAUGAUUGAGAAUGUUAUAGGAAUGUUUAGCUUGUAUAAUACUCUGCUGUGUUAAGAAAAAGAUGACUUAGUAUGAGAUUCUGUGUAAGGAGCAUCUCAUCUUUUCUAAGUGGCCAUUGUUUUGCCACCUUCAUAUACUUCUGUUGCUUCUGUUGAAGUUAACUUUGCAAUCUUCUUGGCCAUCUGCAGUAGCAUGAAAUAUCCAGUUACUAUGGAUAAAAUAUUUUCAUUAGUCUAAAGACCUUUUGCGCCUCGGUGUGCCUCGUGCUUUUAAAACUAAGCCUCAAAGUCCUUGAGUAGCUGCCUCACCAAAUCAUUCAGAAACUCAAUCUACGUGUUGCUCAUUGGUAUAUUGAUCCUGUGAUAGAUGAUUGCUUUUUUCCUUCUGUUUUCAGCAAUUUAAAGCCGCAAUACUAUAUGAUCUUGCAUUCUCUCUCGUCACAAAUUUGAUCGUGUGCAUGAUUGAGAAUGUUAUAGGAAUGUUUAGCUUGUAUAAUACUCUGCUGUGUUAAGAAAAAGAUGACUUAGUAUGAGAUUCUGUGUAAGGAGCAUCUCAUCUUUUCUAAGUGGCCAUUGUUUUGCCACCUUCAUAUACUUCUGUUGCUUCUGUUGAAGUUAACUUUGCAAUCUUCUUGGCCAUCUGCAGUAGCAUGAAAUAUCCAGUUACUAUGGAUAAAAUAUUUUCAUUAGUCUAAAGACCUUUUGCGCCUCGGUGUGCCUCGUGCUUUUAAAACUAAGCCUCAAAGUCCUUGAGUAGCUGCCUCACCAAAUCAUUCAGAAACUCAAUCUACGUGUUGCUCAUUGGUAUAUUGAUCCUGUGAUAGAUGAUUGCUUUUUUCCUUCUGUUUUCAGCAAUUUAAAGCCGCAAUACUAUAUGAUCUUGCAUUCUCUCUCGUCACAAAUUUGAUCGUGUGCAUGAUUGAGAAUGUUAUAGGAAUGUUUAGCUUGUAUAAUACUCUGCUGUGUUAAGAAAAAGAUGACUUAGUAUGAGAUUCUGUGUAAGGAGCAUCUCAUCUUUUCUAAGUGGCCAUUGUUUUGCCACCUUCAUAUACUUCUGUUGCUUCUGUUGAAGUUAACUUUGCAAUCUUCUUGGCCAUCUGCAGUAGCAUGAAAUAUCCAGUUACUAUGGAUAAAAUAUUUUCAUUAGUCUAAAGACCUUUUGCGCCUCGGUGUGCCUCGUGCUUUUAAAACUAAGCCUCAAAGUCCUUGAGUAGCUGCCUCACCAAAUCAUUCAGAAACUCAAUCUACGUGUUGCUCAUUGGUAUAUUGAUCCUGUGAUAGAUGAUUGCUUUUUUCCUUCUGUUUUCAGCAAUUUAAAGCCGCAAUACUAUAUGAUCUUGCAUUCUCUCUCGUCACAAAUUUGAUCGUGUGCAUGAUUGAGAAUGUUAUAGGAAUGUUUAGCUUGUAUAAUACUCUGCUGUGUUAAGAAAAAGAUGACUUAGUAUGAGAUUCUGUGUAAGGAGCAUCUCAUCUUUUCUAAGUGGCCAUUGUUUUGCCACCUUCAUAUACUUCUGUUGCUUCUGUUGAAGUUAACUUUGCAAUCUUCUUGGCCAUCUGCAGUAGCAUGAAAUAUCCAGUUACUAUGGAUAAAAUAUUUUCAUUAGUAUGUUAUUUCUUGUUUGGGAGAAAGAUGGUUGUUGAAGAUAUAUGAGAUUUGUCAUACACAUUUUGCUUAAAUGGCUUGUUGAUUUUCCUGUUUGAACUAUAGGGCGUUUAUCACUUUUUCAUUUGAAUUACUUUGUAUGGUCAAUGGUUGUCAAAAAUAAUUUUAACAAAAGUAUUUGUGGAGGAACUGCAAUAGCAUUGAUUAAUUCCGAACCGAAAUGAAAACAGGCCUCUUAGUUCUUGUUUUACACUUGCUCUAGAAACUUGAAGGUAUAUAAUUGCUUACCUGUUGUAGUUGCUCGUGGUUUGACACCAUCUCUGACCUCAUGAGUUGCCAUUUUAUGGCGAUCAUCAUUAAUGUUUGAUAUGUUUUCCCCACUAUGCAUCAUGAUUGUAGAAAUAUAGGUUGGUUGUAUAACAUCUAGUGGACUUAUCUCCUAUAACUUGGGUGUGGCCUAAUUGUGAUGUGUGGGCCAUCUAAAUCUUACUUUGUCUCUUGGAGGUAUUUCUGUGAUGAGCUCUUGAUGCUGUGAGAGUUUGUCUCGAUAAGGUAGUAGUUUUUGGAAUCCAUUUGAUCAGCAUUCUCAUUUUGUUGUAAUUCCUCACAAGUGACAAGUUGGUGGGUUGCUUGGUUCAUCUUUAUUGGCGUGCUCUCAGUAAACUUUGUACGCUUUCAAUUGACAAUGCUGCUGCUCUUGAAACACUGAUCUUGUCAUGCUUGUUUUACAUUAUUGUUGAUGCUGAUUUGUGAGGCUUCAAUUCCCUUGAUACUGUCCUUGGAGCUAUCAUUGCUUUUGUAACUUCUUUAUUCACCUUCAUUGUGGACCUAAUUUUACCUGGUUUAAUUUUGCCCUUUUCCUUUCGCUCUGAUCUUGCUUCUAUGUAUGUGGUAGCUCUUAGUUUUGUCAUCUUUGAUUCUGAUCUUAAACUAAUUCAUUGGAGAUCUUGGUUCCAAGUUUUCUGGCUGGUUUGGUUGCCAUUUUUCUCUUUCCUUAAUACUAAUAUUGAAGCUGCUAUUGUAAUUUAUCUGUGUCUUUUGUUCCAGCACUUAGCUGCUUCAGCAGAUUUUCCCUAUCUCUUGCUAUGUUUCUUGAUCUGUAUAUUUUGCGGUGUCUGUCUUCCUUUCUCUUUUUCUUAGUUCAGCUGUGGUUUGCCUUUGUCUGGCUUCUGUUUUCUGCUUUAAGCUUUUCUCCAUGAGGCUGAUGAUACAUGUUAAUCUUCUGCUCUUCUGCUGAGGAAGCUGAUGGUUACGAUAGUUUUCCCUGGUUCUCUUGUUGUGUUUCUUGCUUAUUUCAGUUACUCAUAUAUCUGCUUGCUAUGUAUCUUCCUUGUUCAAACUUCUAUAUCCUGGCAUUUUUUCUUGUGAUGUUUCAGUUGCUGCUUCUUGUCUUUGUUUCAUAUUUUUUACUUCUUCCUCCUUUUUGAUGUCACUAUAUGUUAAUGUUGUGGCUGUUGUUCAUGCUCUUUGUUUGCGGCUCAUUUAUCUUUGAAAUUUCUGCCUUUGACUCUGUGUACAUAAUUGUCUAUUCCUUGCCUCUCUUUUGUUUCCAUUUUGGUUUCCCUCAAUCAAGUGUGGAAGUUCCUUUGAUUCCUUCGACUUCUCAAUAACAUGGAAAAGUCUUGCUGCAUUAUGUUUUGGCAGUGAGGAAUUUAAUUAGCUGAGACAUGUUCAAUUCUGAGCCACAGUUAGAGAACGUCUGUGAGGAGUAGUUGUUGAGUUAAUGGAAACAUGCUUUCCGUCAUAGGUAUUUGAUCAUCCUGGUUUGCUGUCAGUGAACUGUAAGCUUUUGUAAACUCAAGGAGUGUUCUUGGAAGGUUUGUCAAAUGAGAAUUUGUGCGUUCUUUCUCCACCAUUGCGUGAUGUGUAAUCUUUUGAGCUUUCGUCUGUUGUCAAAUGCAUAGGUUGAACCCUAGGCAGGUAAUUUACUUGUCCCGCGUAAUAUUCUCCACCAUGAGGAAUUAUAUAAUUAGCAACCUGUGAAUAAGCAGGGGUUUUCUGGCUAUUGAUAUUUGAUGUAGCUUCUGUGCCUUGCCGCUAACCUGCAGUAACUACUGAUAUCUGUGUUGGUUUUUACUUGACACUUAACACAUGUAUGCAUGAUCUUUCUCUUAAUUUCUCAAAGCUGUGUUACUUCAUUAGUACUUUAUUGUUCGUUUCCUGAUAACCUGAUGUGUGAAUACCAUUUAAUUCACUGCAAAAUAUCGGUAGUAUCACCACAUUUCAACUGUAUUAUAAAGGUUUAUGAGGUUAUUGAGACCACUACUAAACUGUCUGCAUCAACCCUGAGGUCGCACUUGAGAUUUUGCACUAUGAUUUUUGUGUCUAGGAUUUCUAUGAAAAGUUUUGAAUCGCCAUUUCUCUUUUGUAACUUAUUUAUUUAACAUCAUUUUUAUUUUGCAAUAAUGAU